UUUCAUAUGUGCUUGUAUGUAUAUUAUGUGAAUAUGUGUAUUUCCAAAUGGAUCAACACAGCUACUGAUGUAUUUGUAAUUUUUAAAGACCAAAACUGAGAUGCACUUGUGCAGCUGAGUUAGCAUAAGGCAUCCAUACCAAAGCAUCUGGAAGGUUUUUACAUGAUUAGAAGAUGAAUAAUGGUGGAGGCAUUGACAAGAUGCAUUCUUCUUCUUGUAAUGUGUACUAGUAAAUUCCAUAUAAAGAUCAUAACUCCUUUUCAAAAGUGUUUUUCUUUCUAACUGCAGUGAGAAGUUGGAGAGCUAACAUCUUGACAUCAUAAUUCCAGCAACCAGGGAUGUACUUUUGUUUUUGAUUGUUAUAUAAAUAAAUAUUUAUACUUUAUAGAUAUUCAGAUAUUCAGUGCUUGCUUAUUGGCUAUAUAAAUGGAAAAUAUAUGGAUUCCAAGGUGCCAAGUAAAGAAGAUGUGGGGCUCAAAUAGAACCACAGUGAAUGAAUUUAUUCUUCUUGGCUUUACCAAUCAUCCUACAUUGCAGCGUCUUUUCAUUGUGAUGUGUCUUGUCAUGGCUCUGGCCACAGUAAUUGGAAAUAGUCUCAUUAUCUUUCUGGUUUGGAGUCACUCCAACCUCCACACAGCUAUGUAUUUUUUCAUUGGUAAUCUCUCUUUGCUGGACAUACUUUUCACAAUAAUCACUGUCCCUCAGAUGCUUGUACACAUAGCUUCUGGAGUCAAUAAAAUUUCAUUCAAUAGAUGCAUGGCCCAACUUAACAUGAGUCUUUCCUGUGGAAUGACUGAGUGCUUCAUUCUGGCUUUCAUGGCCUAUGACCGUUAUGUGGCAAUUUGUCAGCCUCUAAGAUACCCCACCAUCAUGGGAAUACGUGUAUGCAUGAAGAUGGCAGGGAUCUGCUGGGUCACAGCAUUUUUUAAUGCUUCUGUACUGACAGCCAUCACUAUCAGUUUUCCUUUCUGUGGACCCAAUCAGAUUAAUCAUUUCUAUUGUGAGUUACCUGCAAUGCUUCAACUGGCCUGUAUGGAUACAUAUAUGGCAGAGGCACUCAUUUUUGCCCUGAGUGUGAUUGUACUCAUGCUACCUUUUACCUUCAUAAUGGUUUCUUAUGUCCACAUUGCCAGAGUAGUGCUCAGCAUGCUCUCAACUAAAGGUCAUCGAAGAGCCUUCUCCACUUGUGCUACCCACCUUACUGUUGUUACAUUGUUUUACACUACCAUUGGCUUCACUUACUUAAAGCCAAGAUCUCAUCAUGUAGCAGACCAAGAGAAAAAGGCCUCAGUCUUUUAUGCUUUGGUCUCUCCCAUGCUGAAUCCCAUCAUCUAUAGCCUGAGAAACAAGGAUGUUAAGGAAGCUUUGGUCAAAACAAUGGGGAAAGUCAGCUAAGUUACAAAUGUUUUUUUUAUAUUUGAAC